AUGAAGUUUAAGGAAAAGAAAAUGCCAAGCAUGUUCAGGCGGAAAACAAAGAAUGGGAAUGAAGACAAACCUUUAAUGAAAAACAUAGAGCAGACAGAUGGGGAACAGGCAUCUGAAUACAGUUCACAGCAGUCUGGAGUUCCUGAUCUCAUUGCUCUAGAUGUUGGAGCACAUAACAAGAGAGUGCUUCAUACUCUCAGAAAGAUUCUGAGUGACCAAUCAACCCCUGAGGACUUUGACCCUGCAGUUGAGGAGUUGAAAACGUUGAGCAAACUGAAUAACAACUACUCUCAAGACUGGCUUUGUGAGUACCUUCAGGAAAUAGAUCAGUUUGUGGAGAAUCACUUUCCCACGCUGCCAGCAGAGGGACCACAAGGAUCUCAGUUAGAGCAGAUACAGGACUUUCUAAAGAGAACACAGAGCAUGAUAUAUGAUGAGGUGCUUCGAUUAACACCUGCACUGAAAGAUGCUGGGCUGCUAGAUCAUCUGAUGGACAGUUACAGCCGUCACAUCUUUACCAACCUGGACCUGCUGCUAAACAGAGAUCUGUCUGUAAAAGAGAUCUUCUGCCUUCUACUGUGGGGAAAAGAUGUUUUCUUCAGUUCAGACUCGCAGCAUUUCUUCAGAGUGCACGACCCUCUGCUGUUGACGGGAUGGUUUCAGAAAGCAACGGAGAAACUUCUGCCAAAUCUGCAGAAUGACAUCCACACGAAUCUACAGAACAUCCUGGACUAUGAUGAGCAACAUAGACCUAAUGGAGACUCAAUGGAUGAAGAAACGUUCAUCAGAGUUCACUUAGAUUUCACUAAAUGUCUGAAUGCUGUUAUUCAAAGCUCUAAGGAAUUUAGUCACACGCUGAUGUGUACGGCACAAACGCUCUGCCUUGAAGAGCUUCAUCAUUUUGUUCAGGAGUAUGUGCAUGCAGAGAAAAAACGCCUGGAAAAACAGCAAACCCUGAAGAAAAAUUCUGUGCAUCUGUUUCGGCUCAUCAGCACCUGUAGGCAAAUCAGAUUUUUUGCUCCUCAGCUCAACAAUCCAGAUAUAAACAACAGUGACGACUUCUCAAACAUUAUCUGCAUGUUAGAGGAGAUGGAGGAUCAUGUUCUGUCUAUUGUACAGAAGAUGAUGAAACACUUAGCACAGGCCUUUUUAAGACAUUAUUUUAAAAAAGGAGGUGAGCAAAUUCAAGGGCUGACAGAGGCAAUCCAAAAGCAAUGUGCAUCUCUGCCUCAGACUGAUGUGGGAAAAGAGAUUCAGGAGAUCUUUGUGAAUGUAUCCUAUGACUGCGUUUCACGCGUGUAUCUGGAUUGCCUGAUGAAGAGCAAGUUCAGACGGCUAGAGAGGAGAUGGAGAAAUGUUGGAGAAAGGAUAAGCGAGGACAUUCUCAGUUUACGCAACACAUUCACUGAACUGAAUGGCAGUGAUGACCAGAGGAACCAUCUCCUUCAGAGACUCAGUGAAGUUUUGCUUCACAGUGAUGUAGAAGCACUGAAGAUUACCUGUUGUGCUUUGUUCAGAGAUUUCCCUCAGGAGAGUGAGCAGUAUAUACCUGGUCUGCUGCGCUGGAAGGGGGUGUUUUCAGAGCGACAGGUGAGGGAAGUGCUGGAUGUGAGCCGGGACCUCGGCCUCGAUCUGAAGCCUAGACGCGUCACCUGUCAGCCUCUGAAGAGACUUUGCUGUUGUCUUUGA